AAUUCUAGAUGUGAAAAUCAGGCCACACCCUUUUUGGCCGGGCUUGCAGUUGCAGCAGCUGCUCUUGCUGGCAGAUAUGGAAUCCAAGCUUGGCAAGCAUUUAAGGCGAGACCUCCCAAACCUAAACUUCGCAAGUUUUAUGACGGCGGUUUCCAGCCGAAGAUGACCAGAAGAGAAGCUGCUCUAAUUCUUGGUAUUAGGGAGAAUGCGACAGCGGAUAAGGUAAAGGAAGCACAUAGAAAAGUAAUGGUAGCAAAUCAUCCUGAUGCUGGUGGUAGCCACUAUCUUGCUUCUAAAAUCAACGAAGCUAAGGAUGUGAUGCUUGGGAAAACAAGGGACGGUGGAUCUGCAUUCUGAUAACUUGGAAAUUGGUUAGUUUUGAGAAUGCUUUUCUGAUAAAAUGAUUUCCCUGUCCUCCCUGUCAUGACUAUUUUAUUUUGGUCGAUAAAGUCUUGCUUAUAAAUGAGCUGUUUUGGCUUUUGUUAUGGCACUAGAAAGAAAUUGAUUUGCGUCCUAUAGGUGUCUCUGUUGGUGGAAUCUUAACCUAGUAGCCAUUUGCUAUGCCCAAAAUAGCUUGAUGUAAAGGUGUUGGAAGUUUUAUGGUUUAGUUGCAUUAAAUCCUUCUUAGGAAAUGUAUGGUUUGUCCUACUAUAACUUAUUGGAUCUUUAGCUUAUUUGAUCAAACAAUAGUGAACUAACUUGUUUGUCUGAACUGAAUAAAUAAACUGCUUCUCUGAA